AUGUCGGUCGCGGCAAAGAUUUCAGAGAGCGGCCUCCCGGAACGGGUGGAUGUCAUGACUCCCUCAUCGCUACCGUCGACCACAUCUCCGGCGGAACAGACCUCGUAUGUGUCGGAUACGCUUCUAGCGGAAGUGGCAGACAGUACCCAAACAUCGCCAGGCCAGACACUGCUGCAAGCGCUCGGUUCCAACCAACUGAGAGGAAUAAAAGGCGACUUCUCGCGUUCUCUAAGCCGAGAAAUCAACCAGCUUGGGACCGACGUGACUCAGGAGUGGAACCCCAGCUCGGAUUCGCAAUUUACCAUAACAGCCCCGGCUCUCGCUACAACUGAUGAGGAACUUCGCCCUCAGGUCCGUUAUAAUGGAUCGAAAAAGUGCUCGCUUCCGCCAGUUCAAGGCGGGCUCUUCUUGCUUCAAGAAUUUCUGGUGGAUUUCAACGCGGCAAUUCCACUCUUCAAUGCAGCAGUUAUCACAUCAUUGUUCCAGGACUGUUAUAAUGGAAGGGUCAACGGGAAGCCGAUCGAAUGGGUUGCACUAAAGGUCGUCCUAGGAAUUGCACACCGCCUGCGUGCUAUGAGUCCGUUGGGGGUGCCUCAAGACACCGAGAAUGCCGAAAUCUAUCUGCAAGAAUGCCUCGAUGCGGUUCCAGAACUGCUUGUACUACGACCGUCCUUGCUUCUAGCCCAAUGUUUUCUCGGCUUGGCCGUGGUAAUAUCAACUUCCUCGCGCCCGUACCCAGCCCAAACGUUUGUCUCUCUGGCACUGCGCGUCGUCCAGGAUCUUCGAGUCAAUGAUCCCCGAGGAAUCGAACUAAUUAAUACUGUUGAUCUAGUCCAGCAGCAACGCGUUUUCUGGAUUGCUUUCUUCAUGGAAGUAGACAUGAAUCUUAGGGCAGGGAGAUUACCGAACUUGACUCCGAGACUCAUCAACGUUGAACUACCCACGGAUGACCAGCCAGAUGCAGCUGGGGAAAUCACUGCCGCUAGUGGGGAGUUCAAGGUCAACAUCUUCCGACUUCAUGUGGAACUUGCUUUGCUCCAGGCUGAGUUUGGGGAGCAACUCUCGUUACCGCGCACAGCUCGAAAGUCGGAACAUUCAGCAGAUGUCGAGUUACGUGCGAUCAACUCAAGGCUGGAGGAAUGGCGUCGUAAUUGGAUCUUCGAGCUCGACGCCGAACAUCUGCGUGCGGCUUUGCAUCGGUCGGACUUGGUCCACUUUGUCGUCCUAGAAUCAACCUAUUUUUCGACUGCCUACGCCUUCUGGGCUCGCAUUUUGCCAGCACCCGGCACAAGAAAUAACGCCUUUUCAGCACAGGGGUUGAUCGAGGGAAUGUCGAAACAGAAAGCGGGUAUAUUGCACAAGGAUGCUCGAAGAUUUAUCGACCUUUUGAGAUUGAUCCCGGGCGACGAUAUUGCUUGCAAUUGGUUAUCACUGGAAACCAUUGUUUCAGCACUGGUUGUCGUCCUCGCCCACAUCAUUUUCAACCCACUCGACGAAAGUUCCGUGUCAGACUUCAGUGUGUCGAGAUAUAUGCUGCAAAUUUUGCAUCGGUUAAGCAACAUCAGCAAGGAUGACGGACUGGUUGCAGUUCAAAACUUGUGUGUAGACCUAUAUCUGAGGGCCGAGAGGGCAUUGCAGGGAGAAAAAUCGCUGCGGCGGUGA